CCAAGUGUCACCAGUGAAACGCCAGUUCUUUAUUUUUGCGAACGUAGCUCGAGGAGUCGGGAUAAUUUGAAUCUGGUUGUUUUCAGUUCACACCUAGCUUAGGAAAGGGUGUGAAAAGCGUACAUUGGGAGCCAUGGACAUCGAUAUGAGUCUGGACGAGAUUAUAGAGCGGAAGCGCGGGCAACGCGGCUAUCGUCCCAUCGACAGAAAGUUCAAUGCGAACUUCUCCAAGCCGCGCCAGCUGCUGAACAAGCCUUUUUUCAAGCCAUCGGUCGCUCGAGGAUCUCACUCUGAUCCGCCGGCAAAGCGGACCUUCGAUGCCAGGAACAAGAUCGCCGCAAAGACACGGGCCAAGAUAGCCGAUGCCCGGGAUCUGAUCAACAAGAGCGUGCGCGACUCGGGCAUCGAUGCCCGCCAGUUACUGGAGCGAAAGAAGGUCCGUUCGGCGGCCCCAAUACUUUUUGAUGCAGAAGAGGAGUCGUUUGAGCCAUCACAUCGCGCACGCGGAAAGGGAGUGCACAUCGGUCAGUUUGGUUACCGCCUUAUUAGCAUGUCAAACCAUGCGGACGGCACCAUUCAGGCGAAAUGGGACUCAGACGACGAUGUCGUGGGACUGGGUAACCACAUGUUGUCCGGCUUGCGUCGAACCUUUGACCCCAUGUCCAAUAAGCCGGGCCAACCCUUUGCUCCACGGCGCUAUAUUGAUCUUGAUAAUAUGCAGGACCUGGAGGAUGAGGAAAUAUCUCGAACAUUGCACUUAGGGCAGAGGAAGCAAGCGUUGCCACACUACUCCACUGGUGGCCUCGACCUGAACCGCGGCAACGACGUGGAGAUGUCCAUGGCUCCACUCAAUAACAAAAUAGAUACAAAUCCAUUCUCCAUUUACGAGGCGGCCCGCAAUCGUAUUGAGCGUCCUUUGCUGACCACCCGACUCGUAGUUGGACGCGCAGAUACCACCAAUGAGCCUCUCGAGCGCCGCCACCGCGACACAGCAAACACAAGUAAACUCCCAGAAUCCGUGCGGUCUCGUCUGUUUGUCAGUAAGAAGGAUCCUCGCAUUUCUCAUGGGAUCUACGCCAACGAGAACCGGAGAAGGGCCGUUGGUCGCGGUGGUGGUAGUGAUAGCGAUAGCGGUAGUGAUGGUGAUGGUAAUGCAGCUGCUCCAUCGAAGAACAAGCGCCGUUCGCCAUCCCCAUUGUCGCUGGGUACGUCGACCAGCAAGGGUGGAUAUCGCCUGCUGGUGAGCAAUCUGCAUACUAACGUGACCACUGCGGAUAUUCGCGAGCUUUUUAGCGACAUCGGCCCAGUGUACGACGCUCGUGUGGUGCGUCCCGGCACCGCCGAAGUUAUUUACAAGUUAUUGGAACACGCCGAGAAGGCCGUAGAUACCUAUCACCAUCGUCAGUUCGAUGACCAGCCAAUGCACUGUGUGCUGGUCAAUCGGCACUCCUCCCGCCGCUCGGUGCACAAGGCCAGCUCUCGCACCGUGACCACCAACUCGUCUGGCGUGGAGGUGGACAUCGAUGCACUUCACUCGGUACUCUUCCGGGACCGCUAGGAAGCGCGAGGCAGCGCCCGGGACUAAGAGGCAACUAGAUCAUUCUUCAUCUCUCAUCAUUUUCAUCAUAUCCGUAGUAUUAAGUUCACCAAUGUAAACCAUCUUCAUUUUGGAGCUUAUAAAAUUCGAAUCGAUCCACCCGGCGUAUGUUCAGUAAACCAGACUAGUUUCUUUACUAUAGAAACUUGAAUA